CUGGAUCCAGAAAGACUAUAAACAAAGGCUGGAGGCUGGCUGCCCCCUCGCGGCGCACGCACGAACGCAGCCAAGCCCUCGGUGGCCGUAGGUUCCCGGAGCCGAGUCGCGGGUGCGGGGAUUGGGACUGCGCGACCCUCCCGCCCCAGCUGCGCUGUCACCCGGGGGGCCGAGCUCCAGGAGCCAGCAGGCACCUUGCGCCCGCGAAACUGCUGACAUGGCUGAUCAUGGGGCAGAUGAGCUGUGCUCCAGGUCAGGGAAUCCGGAUGGGGAAGGUCAGGUCUCUGAGGACAGAUCAUUGAUCCAACAGAGGCUGGCCAUCAGGGAGCUGAUCGACACCGAGGUCUCCUACUUGCACAUGCUCCAACUCUGUGCCUAUGACAUCAGGAGCCGCCUCCAGCAGCUGCUGCAGGAAGAUCUGGAUGUCCUGUUCUCAAACAUUGAUGACAUCAUCAAGGUAAACAGCAGAUUUCUUCAUGAUCUGCAGGAGACAGCCUCCAGGGAAGAGGAACAAGUGUACUUGAUUGGUAACCUAUUCCUGGAAUUCCAAGAGGAGUUUGAGCGAGUCUAUAAAGUCUACUGUACCAGCUACGACCAGGCCUUGCUGCUGGUGGAGGCAUACCAGAAGGAACCAGAGCUGCAGCAGCAGAUCCAGGACAUCAUUGUGGCAGUGGUGCCGCAAGCUGGACGUUCAGGCCUGAGUUUCUUACUGGUAAUCCCUCUGCAGAGGAUUACCAAGUACCCACUGCUGCUGCAGAAAAUCCUGGAGAACACGCUCCCUGAUGCCAGUGCCCACCCUGUCCUUCAAAGGGCAACAUCUGCCCUCCAGGACGUGAAUGCCAACAUCAAUGAGUACAAGAUGCGCAAGGAAGUGGCCUCCAAGUACACCAAGGUAGAGCAGCUGACCCUGCGAGAGCGGCUGGCCCGCAUCAACACGCACACCCUCUCCAAGAAGACCACACGGCUGAGCCAGCUGCUGAAGCAGGAGGCAGGACUGGUGCCCAAGAUGAAAGACAAGGAAUUUGAUGAUUUGGGGGAGAGGUUCCAAUGGGUGUGUCUGUGUGUGACUGAGCUGAGGAACAAUGUGGCUGCUUACCUGGAUCAUCUGGAGGCUCUCUUGCGCUUCAGACCACAUGAAUACAAUCUGGACAUCCCCGAGGGGCCCAUGGUGCAGUAUUGCAACCUGGCGAGAGACCUUCAGCUGGAGGCCUUCCUGGAGUUUAAGCAGCGGCUGGAAAGCCUGGUGUGGCGGCCACUCUGCAGCCUGGCCAAAGCCCUGGUCGGCCCUCAGAACCUGAUCAAGAAACGUCUGGGCAAAUUGCUGGAUUUUGAGCGGGUGGAAGAGAAGCUGUUGGAGGUGGGCAGCAUGACCUAUGAGGAGGAGGCGGCCCGCCACACAUACCAGGCACUCAAUGCCCUGCUAGUGGCUGAGCUGCCACAGUUUAACCAACUGGUUGUGCAGUGGCUUGGCCAGAUCCUGCGCACGUUUGUGGCCCUCCAGGGGGACCUUGCAAAACAAGUGCUGCAGAGGGCAGCGGGCGUCAUGGCCCAGCUGCCCCACCGCCACAUUUCUGAGCCGGCCUUCAGGAAGCUGGUGGAGGACACGCUAAGCCAGAGCAGUAACCAGCUUCACUCCUUUCGAGAGAACUUCGAGAAAGUGCUGCCACCUCCCACCACACAACCACUCCUUCCAGGGUCUGAACGCCAGGUACAGUCUCUCCUGAGCAGGUAUGGCCCCGGGAAGCUGUACCAGGUGACAAGUAACGUCAGCGGGACUGGGACUCUGGACCUGACACUGCCGCGGGGCCAAAUAGUGGCCCUCCUUCACAACAAGGACACCAAGGGCAACAGCAGCCGCUGGCUGGUGGACACUGGGGGACACCGAGGGUAUGUGCCAGCCGGGAAGCUACAGCUGUACCAUGUCGUCCCCACUGAGGAGAAAAUCAGAGGGCAGGCUGGGCUGCACAGGGUCUCCCAGCACCUAACGCUGGCACCCACCCCAGCCCCUGCUCCCAUCCCCACCGUGACCCAGGUGGUAGCAGCAUACCCCUUUGUGGCCAGAAGCAGCCAUGAAGUGAGUCUGCAGGCCGGACAGCCCGUGACCGUUGUGGAGGCCCAGGACAAGAAGGGGAACCCAGAAUGGAGCCUGGUGGAAGUGAAUGGACAGAGGGGAUAUGUGCCUUCCAGCUUCCUGGCCAGGGCCCCAAGCCCAGCGCCAUGGGGCUGGAGUGUGCCCUCUUAGGGUGCCCUAUGUGGGAUUCAUGUUGCCAAGGGAUGGGGGAGGCUUAGAGAGGCUGUGACCCUGGAGGUAAAAGAAGCAAAGAAAAGGCAGGGAAGAUCAGUACAGGGUGUGUGAGGGGCACCCAGGAGGUAGCCAGAGGCGUGGCUGGUCCUUGCAGAGUUCCUGGUACGGGUGGGCGCUUUAUGUCUGCAUAAAGAAGUCAUUCCAACUGAAUACCCUGGACGGCAGGUCACAGUUGAUUGGCCAGGACUUGCCAUAGCUUAUGGCUAUUUGGGCCUGCUCGAGGGAGUGGGUCAACCCAGGUGAAUGUUACCUGUUGCUGUGUGGUUCCAGGCACAGGGUGCUAAAGAAGUCCAGAACUGCCUGGCCUGACAGUUCACUUCCUAUAUGUGAUAUCAGAAGACACCAUAGCUGACCAGUCAUCUUUUAUUUCUCCACACUGGGAGCUGAGUUAUCUUGGGCAGUGAACCACUGGGCCUCUCAAGCGGGGGAGCUGUGGGUUUGUGUUGCAGUGAAGAGGUUCCCAGGAGACUCUUGACGGCCUGGGAGUGUGACCGAGUCACAGUUCUGGAAUGUGUGUAGGCAAAUUCUGAGGCUGUUCCAGGGAAGAGGGGGUUUUGACAGUGUGUUAGGUGGGGUGUGGGUGGCUGUUGGCAGUGGUUGUACCUGCUGCUGUUUUCUCUGGACUAGGGGACAAAGGGGCAUGUAAAUCCUGGAGGAAACUCUGUGAAGUAGGCGAGUAAAGGCUUGGUGGGUGGGGGAGGUUAACUAAUGGCUUAGUUUCCUCUCUCUGGACAGAAGGAGGUGCCAAGGGAAAACCCCGGUUGUUUCAGGUUACCUCUGAGGUCCUGGAAGCAGCAGUGGACAUGAUGUCAGUUGGCUGUGGAACCUCAGACAUAGGACACAACCUUAGUUUUCCUGUCCAAAAAGACCUCACAGGGCUGUGGAAAGAAUGACAGGAGGCUGAGGAUGUGGAAGCUCUUUGUAAACUGUGAAGUGUGAUACAAACGUCAGUAUGACCCGUGGUCUCAGGAUGGCCCCAGAGUCACUGGCUCAGGCUGGCAAAGGAAGCACUGUCACCGCCAUGCCACACUCCCAGGCCCAUGGCAGCAGGUGCAGGUAAACAACAUGGCAUCCUUCCUUUCUCAUAAACCCAGGAUCUAUCUCAGUGUCUUUCUCAAUCCUACAUUCCAGGUAGUGAGUCAUCCCUUUCUAGACUCCAGAAAGUGGAGGCUGUACAGAGUAGUUCCUGUGCAAGGAAGACUGCCCCACUGGGGCCAUGUCAGGUGCAGUCGCUGCCGGGUCAUCAUCUCUAUUUUCUUUGGGCUGAGAUGAAUCAGAAGAUUCACAGAAAGGGAAAAAUGUGAUCCAGUGUGAUGUUUACACAACUUUCGAAGUUUGGAACCAACCAACUCAAGUUACAGAUGUAAAACAGGUAGCAGAUUAGAUUUAUUUCCAAGAACGUCUCUGUGUUAUAACUCUAGUGCCUAAAGCUGUUAGCUCUGGUUUUUGAAGGGCUUUAAGAAAUAUAAAUAUGUCUGUAUCAGACAGUCUUUAACUCGCCUCCUCUGGGCAUGCUGAAGCAUGAAGACACUACAUAAUGCAAGAGAAACUCAGUCCCACCAUCCCCUUCCCAGCACCAAAUUCGCUUUACAAGAUGCUCUUGUCUCAUUCUCCUUUCUCUUUCCUGCUCAGAUCUCUGAGUAAAAAUAGGAAACAUAGGACAACAGAUAAUAAGAUAGGAAAUCCACAUGUAUUUACAGAGAGCCUAUUGUAUGCUGGGUCUCUAGCUCAGGGGUUCUCAAUGUGACUGCUUGCCGAGGUUGCCUGUGCAGAUUUAAACUAUGAUGGAAGCCAGGAUCCCACCCAGAGUCUGAUGUAAUUGGUCUGGGGUGUGGCCUGGGCAUCGAGAAUUCAGAAAGUUCCCCAGGUGCCUCUACUGUGUAGCUAGGGUUGAGGACUUCCACUCUAGACACACAGUGGUGGGCAGGUAGACCUGGGGUCAGAGAUGGCUGUGAGCUGUCAGCUAGGAUGUGCCCCAUCUGAGCUUUGUACCAGCUAUUUCAAACAGGCAGCUUCAGAGGCAGUUUGAAAUAGGACAGCCUGUUCUGUCAGGCCCCAGAAUGUAUAUUUAUUAAGUGCCAUUAGAAGGGACCUGAACAAAAUUGGAUGUUCUUAUAGGUAUAAGGGAGAAAAAUGAAAUAUACUUAGAACCAAGUAUAUCUCAUGAAGGGAAUAUAAAAGUGUAUUCAGUAGCAUGUGGGUUAUGGUUUUUCAUAGACCAGGCAUAAUAUUAAAAGUCUCUGAAGGGUAGGCAAAUGCAUAUUGGGAAGGUGGAGAAUGGCCUGUACACUCUCCAGCGAACUCUGUAAUGUGCCUUUUCCCCCUCCCUACAACUUUUGCACUGUGUCUUGUUUAUUUACCUAUUGGGUUGUCUCAUACUAAACUAGCUAUUUGCCUAUGAAUCUAACAAGACUUCUAAGAGUUGAAGACUAAUUCACAAGGGCACCCCUUGCUUCCUGUGGUAGAAUGAGACCUCUUCAACCCUUUGGGCCUGAACUCAAUUUUGGACAUGAGGACAAGAUUACUAUAUCAAAGGAAAAAUGAAUUCUUGGUUAAUACGCUAAGUGCUAGCUCAGUGAGUAACUCAUGUAAACUGCUGGGAAUAAAGGACUUCAAAGAUGAAAA